CGCCCUGGUCCACUUUAUACAGUCGCCAACGCCCAAAUGUUGCCACAUCAAUCUAAACCCAAUCUUCAAUCUCUUUUUCCCUUAUCCUUUCUUCUCCAUCCUUCUCUCUGUUUCCACACCAAGAAUCCGACCAUGGCCAUCACCCUCACCCUCCCGAAACUCCCCCAUAUUUCCCCCAAUUCCACCACCAAGCUUCCCCCCAUUCCCACGAAUCUCGACUUCUCCCAAAACCCUAAAAAAUCCCCGUACAGUUUCUUCCUUCGGAGCGUUCGCGAUCUCAAAUCAUGUACUCUCCCUCUCACUGCUCUCGCAUUGCCCUUCUUCCUCGAUCCGCAGGAUGCGCUUGCUGUUGGCGGGGAGUUCGGGAUUUUGGAGGGGAGAUCAGUUGCCCUAAUUCACCCAAUUGUUAUGGGCUCCCUUUUCGCGUACACUCUGUGGGCAGGCUACUUGGGGUGGCAAUGGCGGCGAGUGAGGACGAUUCAGAAUGAAAUUAACGAGCUCAAGAAGCAACUGGCUCCUGCGGCGGUCACCCCUGAUGGGAACCCAAUUGACGCACCGCCAUCUCCCACUGAAUUGAAGAUUCAGCAGCUCACAGAGGAGAGGAAAGAGUUGAUCAAAGGGUCCUUCAGAGAUAGGCACUUCAAUGCUGGCUCCAUACUACUCGGAUUCGGAGUUCUGGAAUCGAUCGGUGGAGGCGUAAAUACCUGGUUUAGAACAGGAAAGCUCUUUCCUGGGCCUCACUUGUUUGCUGGAGCAGGGAUAACUGUUCUGUGGGCACUGGCAGCUGCUCUUGUACCUGCAAUGCAGAAGGGCAAUGAGACAGCUAGAAAUCUUCACAUUGCGCUCAAUGCUCUGAAUGUUAUUCUCUUUAUAUGGCAGAUUCCCACUGGAAUUGAAAUUGUCUUCAAAGUCUUUGAAUUCACUACUUGGCCUUAAUUUCCUGAUAUUUCAGUCUAAACUUCAUUCCCCAUUUCCUUAUGGCCUCCCUCUUCUCAACUACAUGUCUUGGACUUCCUUUUCUCUCCACUUUCCCAUCUCUCACUUCUUGCCUCCGGCAAAUCUUCUUCCCUUCAGCUAUGACUUAUUACUCGACAACUCGAAGUCGAUCAAAACUUACAUUUCUAUGUCGUUUUUAACGAUCUCACUGUUCUCCGAAACAGAUAUCAGUAUGCGUUUGUCUAUAGCUCUCAACAGGUAAUUUUUAGAGUCUGCAUUUGGAUAUUGGCCUGUCUCAAUGGUCCAGAGAAGUGCUGCAGAUUCCAGUUCCUACCAAAUAUUGUACCAACUUCAAAUGGUAGACUAACUGUGCAUCUUCGAGAAAGCUCAGACUAACACCGGAUCGAGACGUGAGCCUGAGCGCCCCAAUCCACAGAAGAAAGUGCUUUCUAGCGAGCAGAAGCAUCUCCUUGUUCCCUCAACAAUGCGGUAGUCAGAUGGAAGUCUGUCCAGUAGAGUUUCAGUUGUUUCUUCCAUGUUCAAAAAGUUAUGAUAUUGGCAGUUAUAGUAUAAUCUAAAGAGGAUGCUUCCCCAUUGUUCUUCACAUUUUUCUCCAUUUAAUGUAUCUGUUCUUUGAAGAAGCA